AUGUUAGUUGGAUGUAUUUUACCAUUGGCCUUAUUGGCUGCCGCCGGUGUUGAAGCUGCUGAAACCACUACCACCUUGCAGCUGACCAUUACUAUCACCAAAACUUUAUAUUCCCCAGAAGAAUCCUCUUCGAUGUCUGCUGCUUCUGAAGCUUCUGUUUCCGAGGCUUCUGUUGCUUCUGUUUCGUCCGCUUCAUCUGCUAGUGCAGCUUCUGCCGCUUCUGCUUCUAAAGCUUCUGAAGUUAGUGCUGCUUCUAAAGCUUCUGCCGCUUCUGUUGCCUCGUCUGCUUCUGAAGCCAGUGCUGCUUCUGUUGCCUCUUAUGCUUUUGAAGCCAAGGCUGCCUCUGCUGCCUCCAAGGCAUCUGCCGCUAGUGCUGCUUCUGAUGCCUCUAUUGCUUCUGCUGCCUCCAAGGCAUCUGCCGCUAGUGCCGCUUCUGAUGCUUCUGUAGCUUCUGAGGCUUCUGUUGCCUCUGUCGCUUCUAAGGCCUCUGUUGCUUCUGAUGCCUCUGUCGCUUCUGUUGCUUCUGUUGCUUCUGUUUCUUCUGCUAGUGCCGCUGCUGCUGCGAAGUUAACUUCUGUCGCCCCAGCUCCUACAGCAGAAUUCAAUGUUUUGAAAGGUAACGCUAUUGCUGGUGAAUUCAGAGUUGUGAACCAAACAACAACCAGUGCACCACCAUCUUCUACUUAUGUCGCUCCUAAUACCGGUUACAAUGCUACUGUUAUUGGUUCUCAUAGCAAGAACACUACCGCCAUUGGUGGUCAUCACAGCAAAAAUACAACUGUUGCUGGAGGAAAGCGUUCAUCGACCUCGUCGCCUGUCAGAUCCUCAACAAAGGCUUCAUCUGGUUCGUCGAGUUCAUCCUCUCAAGCUGGUGCCGUUGUUAACUUUGGCGAUGCAAGCAAGGGUGUUGCUUUAGGUUUCAUUGGUGUUGUAGCUGCUGCGCUCUUAUAA